GACAAAGUACGAGGAAUCGGCUGAUAAUGGAGCAGGCCGACAGAAAAACCAUAAAGAGGAACAUGGUAAUCCUCUCAAAGGACAUGGACUUUGUAGGCGUGACCCCGGCCCUUCUUGCCCGAGGCAUCUUUGAAAAUCAUCACAUAGAUAAGUUUGACUCAAAGCCCAGCAAGAAAGAGAAGAAUAUGGCGCUCUUAAUGGACAUAGAGACGAGGGGUCCCAGGGCCUUCACUAGCCUAAUAGAGUCACUGAUCGAGGCCAACCAAAAACAUUUAGCACAGAAGCUAGGAUACUCAGCGUCUGGACCUUCACAGGGCCGGAUGGGCCAGGCACAGGCUAAGACAGCUCAUGUGAACAGACCGGCUCCAUUUGGUCAACCAACCCAGCAAGUGCCCGAGGGUAAUUCAUAG